AAUACUCUUUGUUUUUAUUAAUUUUCAAAACAAUAAUGUUUAUAUUCAAUUGCGUGUCAUUUUCCAAAAAUUUGGAAAUUUUCGUGAUAUAAAUUGAGACAUAUUGAAAACUACUAUUUAUUUUAAAGAUGUGCUAUUCACAAAAUUCCAAAAAUAUAGUGUUUUAUGGAAAAGAACAGUGUAUAUUUGUGUAACAAUCAUUAACCUCUACGUUUUACAAAAUGCUGUUUUUCAAAUAAUGCAUUUGUUCGACCCUUCCAUUCAUUUAUAUUUAUUCUUGUAUUUAAUUUAUAUAACAUAUGAUUAGUAUUAAAUAAAAUUUUCAAAAAUGCUUCCACGAAAUGGGUUCUUCCAAAAUAUACAAUGUCCUUAUAACAAAGCAAAUUUAUGUCAUCGACCUUAUUGCCAUUAUAGACACUCUCCAUCAGGGCUUGCUGAAGAAAAACAAAGCAGUGUUAGUUCAUCCUAUUUAUAUAACAAGGAUUUAACCUCUAAUUCCAGAAAUCAGGAACAAAUAGGCAAUUGUUCAACGCCUGGUGAAACAGAUAAUGGCUAUGUACCUACACCUGUCAUCAAGCCUGCAGGUAUUUUGAAAGCCAUUACUUAUUCUGAUAGAGCUUCUUAUUCAGUUCCUGAGUAUAAGCCUACACCUAUAUCUAAAUUAAGGGAGCUUAAUAUUCCAACUGGACCAGAUUAUGACGAUUAUCCACCAGAGUAUCCUUCUGGAUCAGUCCGGAAAAAGAAAAACAUUGAAGAAUAUGAUCCAACAGAAAUUAAAUGCAUUUCAAAAAAGAGUGUUUCAUUUGCAGAUGAAACUGAAGGAGGAUUACUUACAUGUGAAUCUGCCUUUAGUUCUGAUGAUGAUUUUGAUGAUACAGCAAGUGCGCCUAAAUUUAGUGAUGAUGAAUGUGAAGAAAAUGGUAAUUCCGAGCGUUCUCUUCCGCUGCCUUCUCAGCCAAAGCUUGCUUCUAUUCCAUUACAGAAAGUGGAGUCAGAAGAAAGUGAUAUAGAUGAUAAAAAAGUUGAUGAGUUUUCUCUGGUUGAUAAAAUUUUAAUUGAAACAAAGAGAAAUGAAAAGUUAUUGAAAUUUCAUAAAAAAGACACAACUACUUCUAAGCCUCUACCCCAACCUACUAAACCAUCACUUAUUCUGAAAGGAAAUGACCCGAAAAGGAAUGCUGCACAAAAAGAAAAAAUUCUAAACAACAAUGAUAUUUAUAAUAUGGAUGAUAACUCCCAAAGUUCUGUUCCAGAUUAUUCAGCAUUUGAUUCUUUAGUACCUCCUAUUGAAAUCGAUUCACUUAUUAAAAGUAAAUACGAUAAGAAAACUUUUGAUAGUGAAAUUGCUUCAUAUAAUUCUCCAACACAAGGUGAAAGGGAAAAAGAUCUCUUAGAAAAUUCCAAUUCAAAAGACAAUUUAGAUAAAGAUUCAGUAUCUGAAUCAUCUAAACAAAGUUUGAAACCAAAAAGAUCUGAUUUAAAAAUUAAAGGUGAAAGUGUAAAAUCUGAUAAUAAAAUUAAAGAUAAAAAGAAAGAAUUAUUAAAGACGCAAUCGUCAAAUUCUGAAAAGAAACAUUCUAAAAGUAUUGAUGAUAAGAAAGAAAAAAGUGCAAAAAAAGAUGGUUCUAAGAAAAUUCCAGAGAAAACAAAAGAUUCUCUGAAAGACUCUAAAAGUUCUAAAAAAUCAGAUAGUAAAAUAAGUGAUUCGUCAAAAAGGACUAGUGAAUCAAAAAAUUCUUCUAAUAAAGAUAGUCAUAAAAAUAAAGAUUCAUUAAAAAAGAGCAAGGAAACUACAACAGACUCUAUGAAAAAAGAAAAACAUAAGGCAAAAGAAUCUGUCAAGAAAAACGAGGAAAGAAUUAAACUGAAAAUAAGUUUAAAUAGUAAUAAUGGUGAAAAAUCAUUGUCUAAGGAAAAAACCAAAAAUAAAAUUAAACAAACGGAUUUUGAUAAAGACAUUUAUAACUGUUCUAUUUCUAGUUCUAGUGAGGUUGAAUUGCAAGAUGGAAAAGUUAGUAGUAGUUCUGUUGAGAAAAAGAAUAAAUCUAGUGCUAGUUUAAAAAAUUCAAAGUCAUUAAGUGCACCUAAUGAAUCUAAAUCUAAACACAAUGAGGAUUCAAAAUUAUCUAAAAAGCCUUUUAAAAGGAAAGAUUUUUCAGAUAGUGAGUCUGAAAGAACUCUUUCUAAAAAUAAACAUGCUUCAAAAAAAUCAAAAUCUAGUUUUACCAAUACUGAUAGUUCUAAUGAAGAUACAAGCUGUGAUGAGCAUGUUAUCCAUAAAAAGAAACCAAAAUUGAAUAUGAAAAACUCGCAAGGGGAAAGGAUUGAAGUUAUUACUUUUAGUUCUUCUGAGAAUGAUUCUGAUAGUGCUGUCAAUAAAUCCCUUAAAAAAAAGACAUCAAAACACAGAAACAGUCCACCACCUAAAAAACAAGUCAGCUCUAAAACCAACAGUAUUGAUGAUGACAUUAUUAUUUCUUCAGAUUCAGAUUGUGAUCCUAAUGAAGAGUGCUGGAAAAUUUAUAAUGAAACAUUUAAUGAAAAUUCUAAUGACGCUGCAAAUUUUCCAAAAGAGGAAUCUGCUAAAGUGACAACUGUUAGAGAUGCAAUGGACUUAAAGAAGAAACGAUUUGCACAUGCAGCAGCUACUACAAUAAAAAAGCCAAAAUUUUCAUCUAACAAAAUUAGACCAAUCGUUAAUCCUGGACAAGCCAUGCACAAUCGAUAUGCUCAAAUAAUGAAAAUGCGAGAAGAAAAUAAUGAAUUGAAGAUUCAAGCUCAGCCUUUAAUUUCUGGUGGUAAAACUGGCAUAAGAAUAGCAGUAGCUCCCAAUAGUAGCCUUCUUGCAGCAAUAAAUGAAAAGAAAAAACAUAGUCAAGGUUUAACUGAUUUUUCACCUCUUCCUUCAACUGUAUCCAAAACUUUGAAGCCCUCGAAACGAAUUGCUCAUGUUCCUGAUAUGGUUGCUAAGCCUAGACCAAUUAUUCCAGCAGAUUAUGGCAGUAAAGUUCCUACAAAUAUUAGGCAAAAGUUUUUAAAUACUUUCAUUGAUGAAUUUUUGAAGUUUACUUCUAAUGAAGAAGAUGCUUAUGAAGAAGCAUUGGAAGAAGAAAAAAAAGCUUUUCAGCGAAGUUCAAGCAAAGCUAUUUAUAUGAAUGUAGCUUCUAAUACUUUAGCUAGGUUACGCCAUAGAACUGCUGAAUCUUCAGAAACAAAAAAGAGUGAUAACGUGUCCUCAACUACAACCAAAAGUAAUAAAAAAUCUGUGUCCCAUCAAACAGUUCUUAAUGGUCCCAUGGCACAAAGGACUAGUUUCAGCAUUGAAAAGAAAAAACCACCACCUGUUCCUGAUCUUAAAGGCACAGCAUUGUAUGAAUAUCUUUUAUCGUUUGCCCUGACAGAAGAUCAAUUAAGAGAAAAUGGGUUCCCUAUGGCACAUCCUACAGAAACUGGAAGAGCUGUAAUUGAUGGCAUUUAUGCAAAUAAAUCUCGAUAUUGCAAUGACCAGUUUAAAAGAACUUGCAUUAGAUGCCAAAAAGUUUACUAUGUUAAUGUUGAUGGUGAUUAUGUACGAGAUGAAGAAUGUGAUUUUCAUUGGGGUCGUCUGUGGAAGAGAAGAAUUGCUGGUGCUUUUGAGAGUCGUUAUAAUUGUUGUCAAGGAGAUGCUGAAUCUGAUGGUUGCUGUGUUAACCUUGGUCAUGUAUUUGAAGGCUCAGAAAAUCAUGUACUGAGUGGUUAUGUAAAAACCUUGCCUAAAACUCCUCCUCCAGAUAAAUAUUAUGGAAUCUACGCAUUGGAUUGUGAAAUGUGUUACACAACAGCUGGGAUGGAAUUGACUAGAGUAACUGUUGUGGGACCUGAUAUGAAACCAGUUUAUGAGACUUUUGUUAAACCUCUAAAUCAAGUUCUUGAUUACAAUACAAGGUUCAGUGGUAUUACCGAAGACAAUUUGAAAAAUGUUCGAACAACUCUAAGAGAUGUACAAGCAGUUUUAUUAUGUAUUUUUAACAGUAGGACUAUUUUAAUUGGUCACAGUCUUGAAAGUGAUUUUAAAGCUUUAAAGUUGAUUCAUCCUACUGUUGUUGAUACAUCAGUUGUAUUUCCUCAUAAAAUGGGAUUGCCAUAUAAAAGAGCUUUAAAAACCUUGAUGGGAGAAAAAUUGAAUAAAAUUAUUCAAAAUGAUGUUGGUGGUCAUGACAGUCAAGAAGAUGCUGUAGCUUGCAUGGAGCUUAUGCUAUUUAAAGUAAAAGAAGAUUUGAAAAACAAUAGGUGAUAAAUAAUGUACGAUAGGUUAUAUUUUCUAUUCAUAUGUUUUUCUCAGGAAAAAAUUAUUCUUUAUUCAUUA